AUGGUCGCGCACGGCGUCACGUUCGCGAGCGCGCUCCCGGCGUGCUCUCAACCGGAGAUGCUGGCCCUGGGCAGGGAGAUGCACGCCUACGUCGUCAAGGACACCGAGCUCGCCGCCAACUCCUUCGUCGCGAGCGUGCUAGUGGGCAUGUACGCCAGCCACGAGCGGGUGGACACGGCGAGGCAGGUGUUCGUCAUGGUCUCCGUUGACCGGCAGCUCGGGCUGUGGAACGCCAUGAUCUGCGGGUAUGCGAAGGCCGGCAUGGACGAGGACGCGCUGGAGCUCUUCGCCCGGAUGGAGGCCGAGGACGGUAUCGUGCCCAGCGAGACCACCAUGGUCGGUGUGCUGCCCGCAUGCGCGCGCUCGGAGGCCUUCGCCGGCAAGGAGGCCGUGCACGGGUACGUCUUGAAGCGCGGCAUGGCAGACAACCGGUUCGUGCAGAACGCGCUCAUGGACAUGUACGCGUGCCUCGGAGACAUGGACGCCGCACGGAGGAUCUUCGCCGCGAUCGAGCCCCGCGACGUGGUCUCCUGGAACACCCUGAUCACUGUCUGCGUUGUCCAGGGCCACAUCGGCGAGGCGUUUCAGCUGGUCAGAGAGAUGCAGCAGCAAGGGAGAUUCACUAAUGCAACAAUGGAAGGCGACGUCACCGGAGUGGCUGGCGAGUCAGCGCACCCGGAGAGCGCGCCGGUGCACGAGCACAUGGACACGCUCUUGAAGCAGAUGCGGAGCCAUGGGUACAAGCCGGACACAUCCCGCGUGCUCCUGAUGACAUCAACGACCAUGAGAACGCGGCGAUCCUCAGGUACCACAGCCGCCCCACGCCCGCUCGCCUCCCUCCUGUUGCCCACCGCCCAGCGCCCGCUCGCCUCCUGCCUUGCGCCCACCCACCUGCCGCCCCCUACCAACCGCCCCGCAUCUGCCCACCUGCUGUCAACCACCCCGCAUUCGCCCGCCUCCCACCCAUCGUCACCACCUGCCCGCGCCCACCGCCUCCUGACCGCAUCUACCUGA